CGGGAUUUGUCAUUGUCACGCUACUACAGCUGUGGAUAUGGAACUCAGUGUGAUAUUUGUGCGCUAAAAUAGACAAUCUCGUCCUGUUCGACACGCACACACGCACGCGCACACACUUGUUGAAGUUUGAAUGUCACCUACUCACUGCUGAAAACAAAUCUUCACAUGAUUGAUGCAAUUCGAAUUCUAAAAUCUGGUGAUAAUAAUGAUUUAAAACAUCUUAUACAAACAUUCAAUAUUCAUUCUCGUGAUGCAGACAAUAAUACCCUACUGCAUCAUGCAUGUUUAUUAGGCAAUGUUGAAGCAGUGCGUCUGCUACUCGACAGUGGUGUCCAUGCAAAUGCUUCUAAUAUUGAUGGACAAACGCCUAUCUGUGAUGCAGCUUUAAGUGGAUCAGCUGAAAUUAUAUCGCUUCUACUUAACAGUAAAGUUGAUGUAAAUCCCCCGUCUUAUUGGGGUUCACCUUUAAUUUAUGCUACACAAAAUGAAUCAUUACAUGCUAUGGAAGUUUUAAUAGAUGCUGGUGCAAGUUUAAAUUCUCCUGAACGUUCUGGUCUUUGUCCUUUACACAUAGCUAUACAAAGAAGAUUUUAUGCUGGUGUUUAUCUACUACUUUCAAAAGGUGCAGAUCCCAAUUGUGGUGUACGAUUAACAACACCUUUACACAUGGCAGCGAAGCUAGAUGAUAUCGACAUAACACAGCUGCUACUAGAAUUCGGUGCAUUUCCAUCUCCUAUUGACAAAGAAAAUCAUGCUCCAAUUGAUUAUGUUUCACAUACAAGUCCUGUUUAUCAAUUGUUAAAAUCUGUGCAAUAUCAAGUUCCAUCAUUACAAUCCCUUUCACGACUGGCUAUCUUAUCUUUAUUACGUUCUGUGAAGACACUACCAAUUCAACAGCUUGUUCUACCGAAUAUCUUGAAGGAUUAUAUUUCUUUUCGUUAUUUCAAUUACAUUGGUGGGUUAGUAAAGGAGUAACGUAUUUGUGCGUGUGUGGGUGCGCUUACAUUUCAACCCGUGUGAUUAUCCUCAUGCUUUCGUUAUGUUUAUCGCGUGAUCAUUGACUACUUUUCUUGUUUGCUCUGCAUAACUUUAUCGACAGUGCUCUCGUUUUACUGUCUCACAGUUUACCUUUACUUCUAUUUCUACGAUGACAAGUACUACAUGUACGUACAUUCAGCUCAUUAUCCUGUGAUUUGGUUUAUCCUCUUAUUUUUUAACGUCU